CCUUUGUGAAUAAGUACUAUACGACGUAUGAGUAACUUUUUUAAUAUUUUAAGUGCGCGAUUUGAGUCAACUUUUUGUGUCAAUUUUGUCCGUUACAUGUACGUCUUCCCGCAGAACACCCUUUACGGAUAAAGACUUGUUAUCACGCUUAAAUAGUCAGUUGACCAUAAAGCGAUCAUGGGAGGAAUCAAACAGGAGCAGAGUGAUGCAUCACAGCAGCCUAAAGCUUCUCAUUCAGUUGACCAACCACAAGAUGAGCCAAAGAAGAGAGGCUGGCCGAAGGGAAAGAAAAGAAAAAAGGUUUUACCUAAUGGUCCUAAGGCACCAGUAACGGGAUACGUACGCUUUCUCAAUGAACGUCGAGAACUUAUGAGGGCCCGAUAUCCAGAUUUACCUUUUCCAGAAAUCACCAAGAGACUUGGAGCAGAGUGGACACGAUUAGCCCCAAAUGACAAACAGCGCUAUCUUGAUGAAGCUGAGAGAGAGAAGAUGCAGUACGCCCAGGAACUGAAGGAAUAUCAGCAGACUGAGGCCUAUCAGAUCAGCAGUGCCAAAAUACAUGACAAAAGGAUCAAAAAAGAAGACACUCCAUCUGUCAUUGUCAGCUCUAGCUCAGGGCCAUCAUUCACAAAGGCUGCUGACCUUCCAAGUAGAUUUGACAUUCCUAUAUUCACAGAGGAAUUCCUCGAUCAGAACAAAGCUCGAGAGGCUGAGCUGCGACGGCUUCGGAAGGCCAACAUAGAGUUUGAAGAACAAAAUGCAGUGCUGCAGCGGCACAUUAAAGACAUGAACAACGCUAAAGAACGUCUGGAGGCUGAACUGGGGCAGGACGAGAAGCGCACCCAGGCUCUUCACCAGCACCUGCUGACCAUAAAACGCACAUUGGUCAACAGUUUGUCAUCAGUGCCACUCCCAGGCACAGGUGAGACGGCAUCUGUUGGAAACCUUGAUUCGUACCUGAGUCGUCUCAAUGGAGUGCUUGAGGGAAACCCCCAUAAACACCGUGCCCUGCUCAACCAGCUUUGCGAGGUCCUUUCUCAUAUUGACAGUGAGAAGUUAUGAGGAGACUCCAGUCCGUGACUCGCAUGCUCACACAUCGUAGGGACACCUGACAUGCUGGGUGAUAUUGGCAGAGGUCGUUGCCGUUCAGCAGAGCAUGUCGGUGUGUUAAGAUCAGCAAAGAGGAGAGCACAAACACUUCACAACAACACACAGUUCAUGUCUACACAUCUGUUUUGUUUAUAUAUUUUUUUUUUGUUUUAUUGAUAUGUGUAAGUUGUAGAAUAUGUUUACCCCUUUAGAUGUUUUAUUGUAAAUUACAUUUAGUUUAAAUGUGAUUCACUUUAUUAGCAUGGAUUGUUUUUACAGUUCAAGAAUUACAUCAAAUAUAAUUUUGUAUUCUCUUCUGAACUUACCUAGUUAGGUACAUUCAGAUUGACCCCAAUCAUAUUGUGCAGCUUUAUGCUCACAGUUGUCCACAGGUUCAAUACUGUUAGUUUUACAGUGAAUGCUACUUGAUGUGAGUGGGGCUGGACUGUAAUACAAUUAGUAAUGUGUAAGGGGACAAAAACAAAAUGUAAAGGAGUUAAGAUUAAAUGUUGCAAAAUAAAAUGCUUGAAUUGUUAUUGAUGUUGCCAGACUGGGGGGAUAAUGAGUUGUUUCACAUGUUUUCAGAACUUUUUUUCUUUUUUGCUUUUGCAGUAUGUUUGAAUUUUUACAAAUGUUCAUUAAACCAUGUGGAACAAACUGUUUCCAACCAAACA